AUGCUACCUCAAAUUGAUAGCAUAUUUGUUUUCAAUUGGGAAAAAUUAGAUCAUGAACAUUUACUUGUUGAACAUUCAAAACUUAUUGGUAUCUAUGAUGAAUUCAAUUUAUUGAGUUUAUCAAUCCAAGAACAAAUCGAUUUUCUCGAUCAACAUUUAGAAACAUUCAGUUUCUUCGAUGAAGAUGAAUAUUUAACAAAAGAUCUAUCAAAACAAACUGCUGAUCUUCUUUGGUUUCAAUUUUAUGAUGAUGUUCUCUUUGAAUUAACACAUAAUGAAGAAGCUAAACAAGAAAUGAUUGAUGCAUGUCGUUCUUAUUAUAAAGACAAUAUUAAAGAAUCAGAAAUGAUUAGGAAGUUUGAAAAUGAAUAUCAAUCAAAAGAAGCUCUUCGAUGGUAUUUGAAAAAAUCAUUUCUUUACAAAAUCAUCAAAAAAGCAUUGAAAAUCAAAGAUUUCAAUCAACUCUAUAUAUUUCGAUAUUUUAUGAAAGAUUUGAGAGAAAAUUUCAUUCGAGAACAUCAAAAAAUGAUUCAAUCUGGUAAAGAAAUAUUAUUAAUCUAUCGAGGAAUAAAAUUAACAAAUGAUCAAAUCGAGAAAUUCCAAGAGAAUGAAGGUAAACUUGUUUCAAUCAAUGGAUUUUUCAGAACAAAUAUUCAUCGUUCAACUGCAUUUAAUCAAGCAAUGAAAUCUUCAAAACAAACUCAUCUCAUUUCUGUUCUCCUAGAAAUUCAAUGCGAUCUAAAACAGCUGAACAACAAUAUCAUUGGUAUUGAUAGUGUUGAUUUUAGUGAAUUUUCAAGUGAAGAACAACAAGAAAUUUUCUUCGAUUCAAAUGUCACUUUUCGAUUGAAAAGUAUGAGAAUGGAAGAAGAUAUGUGGUUUAUUGAAAUGAUUGCAUCAAAUCAAGGUGAAAUUAUCAAAGAAAAAUAUAUAAAAGACUCACAUCGUCAAAUGGAAGGUUUAAGUAUGAGAAUUCUCUUUGGACGAUUGAUGUGUGAUAUGGGUCAAUGGAAUCAAUCACAACAAUUCUUUGAACAUUUAUUGAACAACUCGAAUAGUAACAAUGAAGAUAUUGGAAAGAUUGAAUAUAGUCUUGGUGAAGUUCUUCAAUGGAAAGGAGAAUGGAGUGAAGCACGAAGAUAUUAUGAUCUUGCUUAUGAACGGAUGAUGAAUGUAAAACCAAUACGACUCAAGGAUUCAGCUGAUAUACUGUUCAAUAUUGGUGAGAUUCUUUAUUUAGAAGGAAACUUUGGCAAGAUCUUUGAUAAACAAGCAAAAUCUGAUGAAGCACUUAUCUUUCAUCAACAAGCACUGACAAUGCUCGAAGAAUAUUAUCAAUCUCCUCAUAUUGAUAUCGCUGUUAGCCUUAUGUACAUUGGUAGCAUUCUUAUUCAUCAAAAAAACUACGAUAAAGCUCUAGAUUUCUGUCAACGAGCGAUAUCAAUCUAUACAAGAUAUUAUCCAAAUGGUCAUGUAUACAUCGCUUCCACCCUCAACUACAUCGGUUAUAUUCUCUGUUUCAAAGGCAACUAUGAUGAAGCUCUGAAGAUGUAUGAACGAGCAUUAGCAAUGCAGCAAAAGUAUUAUCCAUCUGGUCAUGUUGAUAUUGCCUUUAGUCUCAAUGAAAUAGGACAUGUUCACUAUGCUCAAGGAAAAUAUAAUGAAGCUCUAUCAUAUUAUGAGCAAGUUCUAGAAAUUCUUCAGAAAUAUUGUUUUUCAGGUCAUGACAAUAUUAUUUGUACUCUAAACAACAUUGGAUAUAUAAAAAAGAAACAAGGAAAGUAUGAUGAAGCUCUUGAUUUUCAUCAACAAGCAUUGACAAUGCAAGAGAAAUUUUAUCCAUCUUAUUAUGCAAACAUUGCUAACACACUCAAUUACAUCUCUAAUGUACUACAUUGUCAAGCAAAAUAUGAUGAAGCUCUAUACUAUUGCCAACGAGCACUAACGAUGCAAGAGAGCUAUUAUCCUUCAGGUAAUGUCUCAACAGCUUCAAGCCUCAACAAUAUUGGCAACAUCCUAUGUGAUCAAGGAAAGUACAAUGAAGCUGUUGAUUUUCUUCGACAAGCACUAUCAACUGUAGAAAAACAUAGUUCACAUGAUCAUUUUUCCAUUACCUUUUAUAUGAACAACAUUGGGAUUAUAUUAUGCAAGCAAGAAAAAUAUCAUGAAGCUCUUGAUUAUCAUCGACGAACACUCGAUAUGCAAGAAAAAUAUUGUCCAUCAUGUGAGCGUGAGAUUACCAACACUCUCAAUUACAUUGGUAAUGUUCUCAUUGGACAAGAAAAAUAUGAUGAAACCUUGAAGUUUUAUCAGCAUGCACUCGAAAUGCAAGAAAAGUAUUAUCCAAAUGGUCAUGUGAAUAUUGCGACAACCCUCAUUAAUAUUGGCACAACAUUUCGUAAACAACAAAAAUUCGAUCAA